AACCGAAAAACAAAAAUCCCUAUUUACUUCCUCUUCUAAAUUUUUAACGACCGGCGAUUUUACAAGUUUCAGCCUGAGGCUUCAGCAUUAAAGCUAACAUUAUCAAAAAUGGCAUUAUCACCUCGUGAAUCUGGAAAGUUCGUUGCUUCACUUGGCAAAAACGUUAAAAUCAAAGACGAUGGUGUUAAAAAACUGGGGGACUUGCUGGUGAGCGAGAUUGAAAGCGGGAAACUGUCCAGUGAGAAUUUCAGUCAAGUUAAACUACAUCCAAAAUCAGAUGAUCCAAAAGCUCUUGACUGGUUAUUUGUUGUUGACACUUUGAAUUUUUGCUUCUGGCAUCUAGAAACUGAAACUGGAUGGACUGUGGAGGGCUACACUGGGUAUUUUGCACUUUGUGCGGCUAUUAAUAGAGCCUUAAAAGAAAAAGUGGAUAUCUUAAAUCCGAAAUAUUACUCUGAAGUCUCAGAAAAAGACCUCGCGAAAAUAUUCAGAAGCGACAAUGAUGUCCCAAUUCCCCUCCUCCAAGAACGUGUCAAAUGCUUGCAUGAAGUUGGAAACGUCCUUCUUGAAAAUUUUGAUGGUUCCUUUGAAAAUUGCGUCAAAAAAGCUGACAACAGCGCUGCAACUCUCUUGGAUUUGAUCGUUAACAAUUUCAAAUGCUUUAAAGACGAAGCUACUUACAAAGACAAGAAAAUUGCGAUUUACAAGAGAGCGCAAAUUUUAAUUGGCGACAUUUGGGCGUGUUUCCAUAACGAAGGAAUUGGCCAUUUUAAGGAUAUUGAUGAAAUAACGAUGUUCGCAGAUUACAGAAUUCCACAAACACUGUUAUACUUUGGUGUGUUUGAAUACAGUGAGGAUUUGAAGAAGAAAUUGCAAGAUAACAAAAUUCUUGAAAACGGGGAAGAAGAUGAAGUGGAAAUUAGAGCUUGUUCGAUACAUGCAGUGGAAUUGUUAAAAGAACACGCCAACAAAAAACUUACUGAUAAGAAAAUAAACGCGAUUUUAAUUGACCAUUUCUUAUGGGACUUUAGACGCGAACAUAAUAAGGAAAUUGUGGAGAAGAAGUUACCGUUCCACAAAACGUUUUCCAUUUAUUACUAACUAAGGAAAAUCAAACGGAAAUAUCAAGUUUUUGAAUAGGAAUUAAGCGACUCGUACUAAUUAAUGUAAGAUUUUCAGCGAGCAGUUGGCCAUGAAAUUAAAAAAAAAAACUUUCUGGUGGUAGUCAGGGAUACAAAGCAAAAACGUAUUUAUCUAUGGUAUUUAUUGACCAAUCAACAUCAAAAAAACUUUUUCAUUGCCAAAUAUUCUGUCAUAUAUUUUAUUACUUGAAAUAGUUGUAUGGAAAAAUCACUAAGAUUAAGAUUAUAAAUUGUUUCAUUGUUUUUAGAAUAAAAAUCUUAGAAUACA